GAGAAAAGUCACUUGGUUGUUGUGGUGCUGCUGCUGCUCUGCCGAAUGACCGACACAGUGAAGGACGCCAGUGACAAACUUCAGAUCCGCUUCAACUUUUUUACGCUCUUCUGGACUUCUUGAAAUACAUCCAACGUGAUUUCUUCCACUGCCAUCGUCGUUAUUUCUCCGACCAAGCGACUUUUGUUUUAAGAUCAAGUUUUCGCGGUAUUUUUGUGCGCUCGUGGAGAGAAUGGCGGCGAUCAAGGCUCUGCAGCAGUGGUGUAAGAUUCAAUGCGAAGGCUACAGAGAUGUGACCGUCAGCAACAUGACAACAUCAUUCAGAGAUGGACUGGCCUUCUGCGCUCUUAUUCACAAAUUCAGACCAGACCUCAUAAACUUUGAGUCUCUCUCCAAGGACAAUGUGUAUUACAACAACCACUUGGCGUUCCGUGUGGCUGAGGAACAUCUGGGAAUUCCAGCUCUUCUGGAUGCAGAAGACAUGGUGGCUUUGCCUGUCCCGGACCGACUCAGCAUCCUCACAUAUGUCUCACAAUACUACAAUUACUUCAAUGGUCGCUCGCCAAUCGGGGGAGUGGGAGGAGGUGUCAAGCGCCACGCAGAGGUCUCAAAGGAGGUGCCAUCAGAGAAGAAGAAUCUGCCUGUGGUUGCCAAAAAUCACAAUUUCAAAACAAAUACAGAGAAUCAUCCUCCUAAAACCGAAAUGCCAAAAAAUGUCAGAGACAACCAUCCUCAGUCUCUUAACAUCCACACAACCACUCCAGAGAAGCACGCUCCAGCUACUCCAGCACGGCAAGCUGGCACUGAAUGGCACAAACGUCCAGGGACAAAAUGUGUGCAGACACUGGUCACGGCACUCAGGGCAGGAUCUCCACAGUCACAUAGAGAUGCUGAGAAGAAAACCAUUUUGGUGGAGACGUCCAAUAAAAGCAGCACUCUUAAAAGUGAAUGUACAGUAUGUGGAAAUCAUGUACAUCUGGUCCAGAGACACCUGGUGGAUGGCAAACUUUACCAUCGGAACUGCUUUAAAUGUAGCGUAUGCUAUGGCACGUUGAAAUCUGGUGCAUUUAAAUUGGAAGUGGACCCCGGAUCGCUGGUCUGCAGCGUUCACCAACAUGCACAAACUGCCUUCAACCCCACUGUGAAACCUUUUAAGAACAGCGGCGUAACGCUUUCAGAGCCGACACCCAAAUCAGAGACUGCUGGUCAGCCAUCAUCUCAGCGCUUCACCUCAUUAUCUACACCCAUCAUGCCUGUGCCCAGACCAGCAAACCUCCGUACAGCCACACAGUCAUGGACCGCCUCCGCACAAAGGACUCAGGCGGCCCGGCAGAAGUUCUUCCAGUCCUGUGGCUCGGCAGCAGAUCAUCGCCCGACCGCGAGACAGCCCUCAGAAAUCUCCACUGAUCAGAAUGCCGGUCUGAAGGUGGUGGACCAAGACGGAACAAAUGCCCCGAUCAACAGGAAACUACCUGAAGGAAACCGCAAUAAUAACAAUGCACUGAAUUCUGAUACAGGAACACCGAGGCAGCUAAUCACUUCUGAUUCCUCCAGCUGGAGGCAGGAGUUACACAGCAGAGGUGUGAGAGAAAUGAAGUCAAAUCAGGCCGCUCCAUCCUCCCCUGCUAUCAGCUGCAGCCUCAGCACCAAGGAAUCCCUCUACCGCAGUGCCAUCAGCAAAGAGCGCACCAGACCUCCAUCCCUGCAGCUUUCCACUGCCAAAGCCCAAGAUGUUCAGAGCUGCGAAGCCCUGGCCGACCUGAGAUCAAUGCCAAAGGCUCCAAAUGGACCAAGACUGAAAGCUCAAGAGUCUGUCCAGGGUGUUCUGUUGACUCUUAUGAAACAAGAAAGUGACUUGGAUGACAUUUAUUGCUCCAACCAACAAAAAACAAAUAAACAACCCAGCAUCUGUGAAAGUGCUCAAAAUACAUCUUGUACAACACCAGGUUGGGUUGUGAACUCUCCCAUCCAGACAUUCAGUCCUGUUGUCCCGUGUGUGGGACGGGCCUGUGGUUAUAAAAGUGAUUGUGCAACGUCCUCAUGUGUGUCACCAUCUCAGUCUUGUCACGGACCUUCCUCUCCAAAACAAUCUUGCCGCUGGCCGGCGAGCACAAAUAAUUGGAAUGAAACAUCAGCUGAAAAUGGCUUGAAUGAGACAAGAUCACCCACUAUCAAAACCCACCACAUCCCAGCUGACCAGAUCACCAAAGAAUUGCAGGACAUUGAAUACAAUCUGAAUGAUUUGGAGAAUGAGGGUGUAGAAUUGGAGUGGAGACUUCGCGUUUAUGAGGAAGAGGGUCAUGGGGACCUUCUGAUGGAUCCCCUGAUGGUCGACUGGUUUAACCUGAUUCGGAAAAAACAAAGCUACAUACGACGGGAGUCAGAGCUCAUGUACAUCAUGAGGACGCAAGAUCUGGAGGAACAGCAGCCAGGAGUGGAAGGAGAACUUAGGAGAUUGAUCAAUAAACCAGAACACCUGAAGAGUCUGGUUGAGAAGAGGAGAGAGAGCGAGCUGUUGAACAGAUUGAUGGAGAUCGUGAAUGACAGGAACGCCAUUGUUGAGGGACUUGAGGAGGACAGGAUAAGGGAGGGUGAGGAAGAUCAACAGUUGAAUGAGAUGAUGCAAAGGCUGGGUCUUCAGAAGUUUAAAAACAAGCGCAAGUCAUCCUUCUUAAAAUUGUUUAGACUGAGGAGUAAAAAAGCAUCAGUUGGAGAGUGAUGUUCAGAAGAGAGGAAGUGAAGUCAUCUAGAUGUUCUGCAUGAAGUUGAAUGUGGUGAAGUACAGAUGUCACCUCACAUGGUUACAAGGUGGGACUAGAAUUAUGAGUGCGCCUGGACACUCAGUUGGUCAUUUUGACAGCAAAAUAAUGUUUUUCUUAAACACCCCUCCCCUUUUAGUAAUUUUCUGAUUGUAUUUCAAGUCUUCAUUUAUUUAUCUAUUAUAAGUUCUAUUUAUUUUGUUUCGUAUUUUCGUUUAGCAUUUUGGACAUAUGCAAAUUUUUCUUUGUCUUGAAUAGUUAGUUUGAAUAAUUAUUUGUAAAUUAGUUUACACCCUUUCACUUGUUCGGACAUGAACCAUAAGUUUUUAUUAAUGGAUUUAUACACAGAUGUUUAAAGUACUUGAAUGUGUUUCUUGAUCUCAAGAGCACCCCCAGAAAAGAGAGAAAAAAAGUUGAAUUUAGCAUUCUGGUAAUGAUGUAGUGCCUGCAGUGAGCUGAAGGGGGCACUAUGAGCUCACAUGCAUCUGUGUUUGACUUCUCCAGUUUUUUAUUUCAUAUUUCACAGAAUGCUAAAUCAAGCUGGAGAUUAGCCAGCAGAGGAUCUCAUGCUGGAAAGGCACGGAUUGUUGGUUUUAUUCCCUUUUUUAAGUCCUCUUGCCUAGUUCAAUUAAAUACGUACCUCAUUUAACUUAAGAAAUAUUGUCCAAAGAUGUCUUUUACAUGGUGUUUAAAUAUCAGUAUAUGACUCACUGUUUGAAAAACAUACUGAAGGUGUUUUAUAAAGUUUUAAAAGUUCUCUUGAGAGAUGCUUACACACAGAUGUGCUUGUAUUUAUUGUAUAUUUG